CCUCGUUGGGUCCUUUCUCAGUGCUGUCGUGUGCGGGAGCGUGUUCCCAACUGCUCCGGACUGAGGCUGCCCGGGUGAGGCUCCCCAGGUUGUUGUGUCCACCGAUUCAUGAUUUUCUGCCGUUUCUUGGCAAAAAUGGCAACUAAUGGUGCUGUUCUGAAGAGACUGGAACAGAAGGGUACAGAAGCAGAUCAAAUUAUUGACUAUUUAAAGCAGCAAGUUGCUCUUCUUAAGGAGAAAGCAAUUUUGCAGGCAACUUUAAGAGAAGAGAAGAAACUUCGAGUUGAAAAUGCUAAAUUAAAGAAAGAAAUUGAAGAAUUGAAACAAGAGCUAAUUCAGGCAGAAAUUCAAAAUGGAGUGAAACAAAUACCAUUUCCAUCUGGUACUCUGCUGCAAGCUAAUUCCACAGUUUCUGAAAAUGUGAUACAGUCUAGACCAAUAACAACUAUAACUUCUGGUGCCAAAGAACAGAUAGGAGGAGGAGCGGAAGAAAAGAUGAAAGAGAAAAUUGAAGUGAAAGGAGAGAAAAAGGAGAAAAAACAGCAGUCAGUAGCAGGAAGUGCUGACUCUAAGCCAGUAGAUGUUUCUCAUCUGGAUCUUCGAGUUGGUUGUAUCAUCACGGCCAGAAAACACCCUGAUGCAGAUUCUUUAUAUGUGGAAGAAGUAGAUGUUGGAGAAACAGCCCCAAGAACAGUUGUCAGUGGCCUGGUGAAUCAUGUUCCUCUUGAACAGAUGCAAAAUCGGAUGGUGAUUUUACUAUGUAAUCUGAAACCUGCAAAGAUGAGGGGAGUAGUAUCUCAAGCAAUGGUAAUGUGUGCUAGUUCACCUGAGAAGGUUGAAAUCUUGGCACCUCCUAAUGGGUCUGUUCCUGGAGACAGAAUUGUUUUUGAUGCUUUUCCUGGAGAACCUGACAAGGAGCUGAAUCCUAAGAAGAAGAUUUGGGAGCAGAUCCAGCCUGAUCUCUUUACUAAUGAUGAGUGUGUAGCUACAUACAAAGGAGCUCCCUUUGAGGUGAAAGGGAAGGGAGUGUGUAGGGCUCAAACUAUGACCAACAGUGGAAUAAAAUAAAAUACUUCAUUUACUGAACUACAUUUGAGAAAACUUUAAUAACAAUAAAAAGAAAUAUAUUUGUCACUUGUACCUAAAAUAUAACUGGCUUUAUUGUGUGUUAUUUCUCUUGCAGACUUGACUAGUCUUUUAAUCAGGUAUAUAUUGUUUUUAAUCGGUUAGAGAAACACUACAUUUUUACGUACAGUUUUUGCUCCUUUAUAACAUAGGAAGGAAAUCACCUAUGUUUUGUGAUGAUUUAUUUUUUAGCAGGGAUAUUGGUUAGCAGAUUGUUUUUCUUGAUACAUUUAGAUAACUUGAACUAAAUGAACAUUUAGUUUCCUAUUGGAGGCACAUGGUACAUGAAAUUUUAAGCCCUUGGAUUUUUAGUAUAUUGUGAAUCUGUAUUAUAAAUGUCUUCUCCUCUUCAGAAAUGACAAGUUAGAAUUUUUGUCAAGCUUAUUAACUGGUCAUAUUGUAAUAAUACUGAAAAUGACCAACGGUCAUAAAAGCUAAGAGACGUGCCAUUUGAACAUUAUUGCUAUUGCUUACCAAAGUAAUCAGACCUGUAUAUUUAAGGUGACUUUUUUAAAAGAAUGAAAUUUUCCACUGUGUACUGAACUUUUUCUUUCCAUUUGGCAAAAUAGUAAUAAAUUUCGACUAACUAUAAAGAAGAAAUACAUUGCAAAGUGUUGCCAAUGUAGUUUCCAAUAAAUUGAUAAAAGCAGCA